UAUUACCGGUGCACACAACAUCCUAGUUGUAGUCAAGUAGACGUGGAAGAAUUGUGUUAACGGUGAAAAGACAAUGGAAAUUCCAACUGAUACUGGCAGUAUUACACAAAACAGUAAUGUGGUUACACAACCCAACAACCCACUUUCUAGGAAACUUAAUAAAAUGUUGGAUACCAGGCUCGACAAUGACAAGGAAAUGCUGGAAGCUUUGAAAGCACUGUCUGUCUUUUUCACGGAGAACAGUUUGCGGACAAGGAGAAAUCUACGUGGUGACAUUGAAAGACGAAGCUUGUCCAUUAACGAAGACUUUGCACGAAUGUUCAAAGAUGUAAACGAGGAACUAGAAAGUGUGCAUGAAGAUGUCCAAGCCAUGAGCUCAUGUUGUGAAGAGAUGACUAAUAGAUUAAAGGCUGCCAAGGUGCAAACCCAAGACCUAAUUGUGAAAACCAACAAAUUACAGGGAGAAAAUCAUCGUUUAGAAGUGCGGGCCCAAGUGGCCCAGGCCUUCCUGUCCAAGUUCCAACUGUCUGCUGAAGAGAUGUUCAUUCUGCGAGGGGCUCGUGAUGUUCCUGUCACUGAGGAAUUCUUUAAGGCUCUGAGUCGAGUGAAGCACAUCCACGAGGAUGUGAAGAUCCUUUUAAGGACCAAUCAGCAAACUGCUGGGUUAGAGAUCAUGGAGCAGAUGGCGGUGCUGCAGGAGACAUCUUAUGAGCAGCUUUACCGCUGGGCCCAGAAUGAGUGUCGAGGACUGACCCAGGAGAUGUGUGACAUCACACCCGUGUUAAGUGAGGCAAUGGAGGCCCUGCAAGAUCGCCCCGUCCUCUAUAAGUAUACGCUGGAUGAGUUUGGGACAGCUCGGAGGUGUGCCGUCGUAAGAGGGUUCAUUGACGCCCUCACCCGCGGUGGGCCGGGGGGAACACCACGACCUAUAGAGAUGCACUCCCAUGACCCCAUGAGGUAUGUUGGGGACAUGCUAGCCUGGCUUCACCAAGCCACAGCCUCAGAGCAGGAGCACCUGGAGGCCCUGCUGAAGCAAGUCACCAUGCCAGGAUUGGAGGAAAACAUGCAGGAGGUGGUGGGACACAUCACUGAGGGAGUCUGCAGACCUCUGAAGGUGAGAAUUGAGCAGGUGAUCGUGGCCGAGCCUGGAGCUGUCCUGCUGUACAAGCUGUCUAACCUGCUCAAGUUUUACCACCACACCAUCAGUGCCAUCAUAGGCACCGGUGUGGCCUCUCUGCUCAUCACCAUUGAAGAAAUGCACAUUCUCAGCAAAAACAUGUUUUUCAACAGCUUAAGUCUCCAUGCCAGCAGGCUGAUGGACAAGGUGGAGCUCCCACCAGUGGACCUGGGCCCCACGGCCUCCCUCACCCAGACCCUGGCCUUGCUGAGGGAGGUGCUUGCCUCCCAUGACUCUUCUGUGGUGCCCCUAGAUGCCCGCCAGGCUGACUUUGCCCAGGUGUUGUCUUGUAUCCUGGACCCCCUGUUGCAACUGUGCACUGUGUCAGCCAGUAACCUGGGGACAGCCGACAUGGCCACCUACAUGGUGAACUCCCUGUAUGUGAUGAAGACAACACUGGCUCUGUUUGAGUUCACAGACAAGCGUCUGGAGAUGCUGGAGUUUCAGAUUGAGGCUCACUUGGACACUCUGAUCAACGAGCAGGCGUCCUAUGUUCUUACCAGGGCUGGACUCAGCCAUAUCUACGGUUGUGUACAGCUGCAUGGGCCAGAACAGGGUCCACUUGCCAACCUGCCCAGCAUGGAUGUCUCUUCUCUGAAAGCAGCGAUGAUCCAGUUUGACCGGUACCUGUCCUCUCCUGACACCCUGGUCAUGCCGCAACUCAACUUCCUGCUCAGCGCCGCCAUCAAGGAGCAGAUCUUCCGCCAGUCCUCUGAGCUGGUGUGCAGGGCAUACGGGGAGGUGUAUGCUGCUGUGACUAACCCAGCCAAUGGCUACAAGGAGCCAGAGAACCUGGUCCCCCGCUCUCCCCAGCAAGUCACCACCCUGCUUUCCUAGAGUCUCUCCUCUGGCAACCUUCCUGUCAAUAUCACACUGCCAACAAUGUCCUGACUGAGUCUGAAAGACCUGAACCUUCGCACCCGGCGUCGUUUUAUGACAUUGAUGUAUGAUAACCUGUAUCGCUAAUAUUUUUUACACAAAUUGGUUUUAGGAAGGUUUCUUUUGAUGUUGGUAAUUUUUAUUUUACCGUACCCUCAGUUAUGUGACCAGUCAGAAAUGGGAUCAAACAGCAUUAUUUAGAGGUUUGUGCAUGUCUGUGUGCAUGUACAGUUAUUUGUACAUCAAAUGUUUGGUCGUCUUCUUUCUAUGUCAAUCCAUGAAAGGUUGUGAGACUCAGGAGGGAGAGAACAGCACGCACUUUGAAAUAAAAUAUUUAUUUUCUCUCUCAACAUGAAUGGAGAUUCCCACCAGCACAGAGAUGUGAUCCAGAGACCUUGUCAGUGCCGCAGGCGGUGUCCCACAGAUACUCAUUUGUCCCACUUUCUCUUUUUUGUCCUUUGUUGUAUGGCCCCCUUGUUGAAAUAACCAAGUCGGCAAACCUUCCGAUAUGAAGUCUUAAUAUAUUUAAUCACAGUUUGUGGUCACUUCCUCAUGAACUCUCAAUUGCUUUCAGAAUAAAAAUAUAAAGAUGUA